CUCCGCGUAGGCGCCUGGCAGCCCUGCAGUGAAUUUUAAAUUUACCUAUGAUGGAAGGACAUUCUCUCAAGUGCAGUGUCUGUCUGGAGCUAUAUAACGAUCCUCGUGUUCUACCAUGUCUUCAUACUUUCUGCCUGAAGUGUAUAAAAGGCUUUUCGAAUAAGGACUCGAGUCUGACUUGUCCUGAGUGUAGAGCUAAGCAUGAGCCAUUGCCAGUUUCUGGAACAAACUAUCCAGUGAAUGUCUCGAUUCUGCCAGAGCUAGAAGAAGCAAAGUCAGGAGAUAAAGGUAGCAGGAUAUGUGGAUUCUGUACUGCUGGGGAUGUUGCUGUUGGUUUUUGUGAAGAUUGUGGGGAAUAUCUUUGUCAGUAUUGCCGUGAUUUUCACAAGAAAGGGAAGGCAUUCUUAUCACAUAAUAUUUCUGCUAUUGAUGAUAGCAAUAGUACAUUAGACUCUGUUGUGUCUUUUUCGAAGCAGCCGGCUAACGUCUCUUGUGUUCGUCACCCAAAGUAUGAACUUGAGAUAUAUUGUAGGGAUUGUUCCUGUCUGGUCUGUUACAAGUGCAUGUUUGAGCCGUCACAUAAAGGUCAUGACUACGGGUCUAUAAAUGACGUUAGUCAAGAGAUUGAGCAAGAGAUGAAAUCAUUGUCUGAAGCUGCGAGUUCAAAAGAGAUCCAGUUUGAAGCAUGUGUAGCUUUCAUUGAGAAGAUUGAGAGGGCAGUUAUUUUGGAACAGGAUAAAGUACGUCAGAAGGUUAAAUCAAUUUUCGAUAACCUGAUGACAUUAUUGGAAGAAGUGUUCACAGAAGAUAACAAGACAAUAUGGGCGGUUAAGAAUGAUUUUCAGAUGGCUCUCCCUCAGAUUAAAAGCAGUCAUUCUCUUAGUGCACAUGCUCAAAGACAAAUCGGACAAAAUAUUCAGUGUCGGUCACUAGUUAAUCAAUUGCUCCAGUGUUUAAUGAAAAUAAAAAAUAUCAAUAUUCCUGGAGCUAUGGAAGAUGUAUUUCACGCUAGGAGCUCUUCUACUUCUUUUCAGAAAGAGCUGUUUGAACUGCUUAACUUUGAUGAUUUGCUGCGCCAUUUGUUAGCCUCAAGAGAUGAAAAUGAAUACGAUACCGUUGUAGAAGAUAAAUGUUUUUGGGAUGUUUCUUCUGACGAGGAGAGUGAGCCAGAUUGGGAUGAAAUAGAAAAACUCAUCGUGCAUGAAACUCUACCAAGAGAUGAAGAGGAAGAAGAAAAGGCAUCAUUCUAUUCAGCAGAUGAAGAUGACAAAUAUCCUACAAUAGUGAUUCCUGAAGUUUACACCAAUGAAGAUGAUGUAGAAUAUAACGCAAUGGAAAGUCUUGCUAUAAAUGAUGAUGAUUGGCGGCCACCUGACCCAGCUCUUCUUAAGGAUGAUGUAGAAGAUGAGAAUGAAAAAGAUUUAGAAGAAGGGCCAGUGAGGGCCAGAUAUGAACCAAUCCUAAUAGCUGAUUCUUGUACUGUUCCUUUUACUCGGGACAGGGUUAGAGCUAUUGCUGUUAUUGAGCAACCUUUUGCAAAACUAACCCAGUGGUCAGUACAAUGUGUCAGUCAUGAAGACCAAGGUGUCCUUGCCAUACCUUUUGGUAGUAAUAAAUUUGGGAUUGAGUUUUAUCCUUCUGAUAAUAAAGAAUAUACUUUUCAUUUAUCUCCAGUUGGUACAAAUUGUAUUGUAGAAUUUAUUGUAGAUUUUAAAAGGCGUUUUAAUUUUGAUUAUGAUUCAUCAGAUGAGUGGUAAAUUUAAUUGUGUAAAAUUGUCAUUUUCUUUGUUAUUUUACUAGUAUAAAGACUAAAAAUUAGAUUAUAUUAAAAAUAUGUGAGUGCCCUUGUGUACUGUAUAGACAU